AUAAAACCGUGGGUGGCUCUUAAAAUGGAUAGCCUUUGUUUCAAGGGGGAUAUUAUAUGCAGUCGACAUCAACAAGAAUGGAACACGAGGGCACUGAUAGCAAAUAUAUAUGUCUCAGUGACCGAUUGACAGGGAUAUCCAUCUGAGUACUUUGAAAUGGAGCCACUACCCAAACGCCGGAAAGAAUCUGAGUGUGACAUUGACUCCUGGGUUGCUUACCCCGUCUUGUCAAACGAACAGUCACUAGAAACUGAGCUAAUUGAAGCGUUUGCAGCUCCCAUCACCGACAAGAAAGAAACCUCUCGUUUGAUAAAGGAGUUGUCUACAGUUUACCCGUUACCUGGGCUUCAGCACAUCAAGAGAGUACGGGCACGCAAGGAUAAGGGAAGCCCUCAUCCCCUGGAGGUCAUUGUGUGCCUUGUAAGCGAUGCCCCAGACCUUGGCCACAGUAAAGGCAUGCACAUUUCUGAUCUGUCAUCUUCAGGUAGAUUAAACUGUUUAGGUCUUGGGGACCCUUUCCUGGUCAAGAUACCAGCAUGUCCUCCUUUGACCAGGCCACAGUUUGAGCAAGCCAGCAAGCAUUGGCCCACCUCCUUUCACGAGGACAAGCAGGUGACUGUGGCCCUGAAAGGUCAGCUUUUCUCCUCCUUCCAGAAAUCCAAAAUGCAGGAAUACAUGAUGGUGGCCGUGGCUGCAGCCAGACAGGGAUGGGAGAGAGGCAUGGAAGGUGUUGGGGCUGUAGUUGUUGACCCAGAGGCAGAGAAGAUCCUCGCUGUUGGUCAUGACUGCCGAACAGGCGGCCACCCUCUUCAUCACGCUGUCAUGGUCUGCAUUGACCUUGUGGCACGUGGGCAGGGUGGUGGCGCCUACACCUACGAUAAGUACCCCGCCUGCCAGUUUGUUUUGCCUGUUUCCUCACCCUCUCAAAGAAAGGACAUUCCUGUCUGUGGGAUCCCGCGGGACCAGAACUGUACAGGGGAGAGUGGCCAGCCAUACAUUUGCACCGCGUAUGACCUGUACGUCACCCGAGAACCAUGUGUUAUGUGUGCUAUGGCAUUAGUCCAUUCCAGGAUAGGCAGAGUGUUCUAUGGAACAGCUUCUAUCGAUGGGGCGUUUGGAACCAAAUUUAAAAUCCAUGCCAAAAAAGAUCUGAAUCACCGCUUUCAGGUUUUCCAAGGAGUCUUGGGCCAGCAGUGUGAGGAACUAAACAGGCUGGUGAACUUAGCCAAAAUGAAUUCCUAAAGUUUGACAUAUAAAUCUAAAUGGAUAUUCUCAGAUAUUAGACUAGGUAAACACUUAAUGUGACUUUAUCAAGUUGUGUGAGUUUACUUGGUAUUUUGCUUUUGGAUAUAUUUUAACGUUUUACUUAUUUAAAGUUAAAUGGAAUAAAGCUUUUGCCAUUGCGUGAUAUCACUUAAAAGCAUUCAUAGCUUAUAUUAACAUUAUCUUCCACUUUAGCUAGUGCAUGUCAAAAAACAGUUCCCAGCCAUUUACCACAAAGGAUUUUACACAAGAGGCACAUUAAGACAAAUACUGCUUUUAAGGGCACAAACAUUUUAAUGAUGUUAGGUACAAGGGCUAACAAAGCUCCAAGAAUAUCGUGGAUAAGCCAUGACCAAACAAAACAGGACUUGCUGCCUUGGUAAUAGCAUCCAGGAUAUAUUUAUAUCCUAAACAAGUACAGCUACAUGAAUAUAGGUAAAAAGGCAUACCAUAGACCGGUUUCAGUAAACACUUUCAUCUGACAACACUUAUCACAAAUCCUCUGAUCUUCACAUAAGAAUCAAGACAUGAACCUAUACAUAGAACUAUAUACACUGAAAAACAAUGCCUGCCCUAUAUGAUUAACAAUGAGAAAUGAUUCCUAUACCAUGGAAAUCAUGCAAAAUAGGUACGUGUUUAUGUUCUUUUCAGCAAUGAUAUGAUACACAAACUAAUUGUCAAACAAUGAACCAUAGGCCCCUACUUUUAUGAAGAAAUCAUCUUUAAAAAUAAAAUAUUGGAUAUUUCCAAGGCUUCUGGUUAUGAACAGAAAAGCACAGACGAGGAACCCCGUCUGUGUCACUGUGUGAAGUAAAGACAACAACAAAACGGAACAAACAAAAAAGCUCCACCUUUGAAACCUGGGCCAGCCCAAGUCUAUGCAGAUAAAAAAAAAA